UAGGAAUCCAUACAGAGGGGGAGAAACAUGUUAUAAUUGUCACAACGUCAAUUUGAAAGAAGUCUCAGCUCCUUGCUUUUGAUUUUGCUGGAAAUGAAACGAAUAAAGUUCGCAUAUGAUUCAAUAAAGACCCGAUCAAGGAGCAAUCUACUAGAUGGCUGGUUCUACCGCUGGACGGUUAGUCAUAUGCUCUGCUCUUGCCGGCCUCGCAACCUUCGCCAUUAUUUAUAUCCUCCUCCAUUUCCAAACUAUUCAAACUCAACCAUUAAACAUGGAUCAUGUCCCUCAUUUAAUGAAGAUCCUCGUAACCUCCCUCUUCUUUCUUCCCAUCUCCAUCUCAACGCCAAACAAUGAUCGCAAACCAUACGUUAUCCAAAUGGACACCUCCUCGAAGCCUUCUCCCUUCUCUACACAUGAGAAGUGGUACACCUCGAUGCUCACAUCGGUAUCAGCUGAAUCAGAAAACAUCGAUACCCUUCCUCCUACACAUCUCUAUACAUACAACCACGCCUUCAAUGGCUUCAGCGCCGUUCUGACCUCGUCCCAACUCCAACGUCUCAAACAAGUUCCGGGCCAUCUCACAGCAAUACCCGAUUCCUAUGCCACACUCCACACGACCCACACGCCAAAAUUCCUCGGCCUUAACCCUAGAUCAGGCUUAUGGCCUAGCUCGAAAUUCGGCAAAGACGUGAUCAUAGGGAUUAUUGAUACCGGAGUGUGGCCCGAGAGUGAGAGCUUCAACGACAGAAGAAUGCCACCGAUACCCACAAAAUGGAAGGGCAAAUGUGAGAAUGGAACCGAUUUUAGUCCUUCUUUGUGCAACCGAAAACUCAUAGGGGCUCGGUUUUUCAGCAAAGGACUCAAGAGUCAUGGUUUUAACAUUUCGCGGGCUGAUGACUAUGAAUCCCCUAGGGAUUUCUUCGGUCACGGUACACACACAUCAUCGACCGCAGCAGGGGGGCCCGUUCGUGGAGCCAGCUAUUUUGGCUAUGCUGAAGGAACCAUGAUGGGUAUUGCACCUAUGGCUCGUGUUGCAAUGUACAAGGCUCUGUUCUCUAGUGAUGACUUCAAAUCAGCAGCCAGCGACGUGCUCGCUGCGAUGGAUCAAGCGAUAGAAGACGGUGUUGACCUAAUGUCACUAUCGCUUGGGUUCUCCCAGAGCCCUUACUAUGAGGAUGUGAUUGCUAUCGGCGCUUUUGCAGCGAUGGAGAAGGGAAUAUUUGUGUCGGUGUCCGCUGGAAACAGUGGCCCUCGUGCUUAUACUGUGAUCAAUGGUGCUCCUUGGUUUACAUCAGUUGGUGCAGGAACAAUAGAUAGAGACUACACCGCCGCAAUAGCCCUAACCCUAGGUGACACCAAGAAAACUAUCAAAGGGCGAUCGGUUUUCCCAGAGAACAUAUUCAUAUCUAACAUGUCGCUCUAUUUUGGACACGGUGAUAUCAACAAAGAGUCCUGCAGUUACCUCUCACUAAACCAAACCGAAGUCGCUGAAAAGGUUGUGUUCUGCUCAAAAUCCACUGCCACGAACCUUACCGAUCAAAUGAGGGAGAUAGCCAGAACAGGAGCGAAAGCAGCGGUCAUCGCAACCGAUGUAGGACAGUCCUUAGACCCUGAAGAUUUCUACAUGCCUUACGUGACGGUAACAUUACGAGACGGAGAAAUCAUAGAGGGAUACGUGACAGAGAAUCCAACGCCGACGGUGGAUAUAAAAUUCAUACUGACCGAACUCGGUACAAGACCAGCUCCCCAGGUCGCCGACUUCUCAUCCAGAGGACCAAGCAGCAUCUCUCCUGGGAUCUUAAAGCCUGAUAUACUAGCUCCCGGUGUUAAUGUACUGGCUUCUUGGGUUCCGAACAGAGGAUUUGCGCCGCUUGGUGAUGACUAUCUAAUGACAGACUACGCUCUGUUAUCAGGCACAUCAAUGGCUUCGCCUCAUGUGAUUGGAAUCGCGGCGCUGCUGAAAUCAGCGCACCCGAAUUGGAGCCCAGCGGCCGUUAGGUCUGCAAUGAUGACGACUGCGGACACAACCGAUAACACUGGCGGUCAAAUUAGAGACAUGGGCAUAGGGAGAGCGGCGAGCCCUCUUGAUUUCGGUGCUGGGCAUGUAAACCCUAACAAGGCGAUGGAUCCGGGUCUGGUUUAUGAUAUCGUGCUGGCUGAUUAUAUGGAUUUCCUCUGUGGGCUCAAUUACACUAGUCUACAGAUUGGGGCUAUUACUACGAGAUAUGGGUAUACUUGCACGAGAGCCAAUCUCGACCUCAAUUACCCUAGCUUCACCGUCAUCCUCGAAACUAACUAUUCGAGCAAAGUUUUCAAGAGGGUUCUGACGAACGUUGGGGGCUAUCCGACCAGUUAUCAAGCGGCGAUCAGCGAACCGGAAGGGAUGAAGGUGACAGUUGAACCUCAGGUGCUGCAUUUUGAAGGGAAGGCUAGCAAGCAGGAAUUUUCAAUGAAGGUUGAAAUUAACCUAGAAGAUGUUGUUGGAGGGAAGACAACGGAUGGGGGCUAUAUUGGUAAUUAUGGGUUCUUGAGCUGGAUCGAGGUCGGAGGAAAACAUGUAGUUAGGAGUCCAAUAGUUUCUGCUUUCGCUCCUACAGGAGGAGGAAAGCAUUAACUUUACCCGCGCUCAAAUUCAAGGGUAAUAGCCCUCAGCGUUGUCGGGGGUUGAAAUGAUAGGAUUUAUGUUACAGCCAUAAACUUUGUCGGGCUAAGUUGUUAAAUAAUCUG